UUUGUCAAAGUUUUGUUUUUUUCUCUUCUGUUUUUUCCCCCCACAGAUUUUUGGUCGAUGAUAUCAUAUACUAAGACCGAUCCAAAUGAAACUUGGCCUGAUUGUAACGCCACAUGGCUGAUAUGGAAUAUAAGGCUCGUGUCUUUAGGUAGGCGCAUCCCUACACACACAUACUGAUCUCCCACUUUAGUAAUGUCAGCAUUAUAAACAUCUCUCUGUGUAUUUGUCUAACUUUAGGGACGAACUGAAGCAGAUGUUUGUCGUCGUGGUUUGAGCCACCUUCAGGCCCUCAGAUGCCUUAUCAACUAGAUAUGUGACCGUUGUAACCAGUGGGCAAGGUUCACUGCCACAAGAACAAAUCGACAAAUCGACGUCUCCUUUAUGGGACAGUCUAUCAGGCAGGGAUUCUCCCAACGAUCCUCUGAGUCUACAGGAUCCUCGUCACUAACAGAUCCACCAUGAGAUUUGUGACAUGUGCACUGGCUCUCCUGCUGGUUGCAAGCACCCAGACAGGCUCCAUUCAGGCUCACGCUCCAUGGCCAUUGGAGGAUUACAGAAUUGCAGCCAUGACUUUGCUGGGCACAAUUAAGGACGCCACACUGACAGCCGUCAGCAACUACGGGUUUAACACGAUGGCUAUCUCUAAAACCCUUGACCAAAUAGAGGAGCAUAUUCAGGUGUCCUAUGCUGUUGUGUCCCCCUACUUCAACAAUUUCAUCAGCAAUGCCAUAGAGGCCACCUCUGGACUGCGCGAGACCCUUGUGGCCGAUGUUGAGGCAUUGUUCAACGACCUGAGACCCAGGGGUGAGGAGCUGCGGCAGGUCCUGGGGAAGCACCUUCACGAGUACCACGAGAAACUGGAACCUGUCAUGCAGGAGUUCAAUCCCAUGUAUAACUAGAAAAUGCAAGAUGUCAACAGCAAGCUGCACGCCUUCAGAGCCAAGGUGGAGCCCGUGGUGGAGGAGCUGCACACCAAUGCGCAGCGCAACGUUGAGGAGACCAAGUCCAAGCUGGUGCCAAUCAUUGAGGCUGUGCGUGCCAAGCUGACCGAGCGCCUGGAGGAGAUGAAGACCAUGGCCGCCCCUUAUGUUGAGGAGAACAGGGAGAAGGUGUUGAAUACCAUAAACAGGUUGUCUGAAAAAAUUUCAAACUAUGACAUUUUGGCUAAGAGGCUACGGCCUGAGCUGGAAAAAGUUAUGGGUAUCAUCCUGGAUUUUGUAAUUAAGGAUGAUUAAAACCUUGUUGAUUAAACGUUAAACCUUAUUGAUUAAACGCCAAUCUCAUUUGACUUCCUCACUCCUCCUUGCCCACUCAAACCACACAGAGGAUGAAAAUAAACCAUUUCCAUUUCAGUGAAUAUUUUGAUGACAUAUAAUGCUGUGUCUUACUGAAGCUUGUUAGACAAAAGGUUAAUCUCUGCAGUGCCUGUUCAAGAAAAUCCAAAAUGUUUCAUGCUAGUCAUCUAUAGUUCAGUAGUUAAAACUGAACAUAACAAAUAGUUAAAACUAAAACCUGAACAUUCUGUGCCAGUAUGUGAAAUCUGUGCAGAGUGUGAAAAUGGGUUAUUAUCUCAAAUACAGUACAUGCUAUGGAACUAUUGUAUUUAUUGUAUUAUAUUUAAAGUUUUGACCUGACUAAUAUGACCUGACUAAUAUGUUUCUAAUGCUGCCUGCAUUUUUAAUAAAACUAUUACAAUUA